AUGGCCUUCCCGUUAGUUGGCGAUGUUCUCUAUAUCAUUCUUAACAUCCUCGCGGACCAGCGCGACUACAACAGCUUGUAUCAAUGUGCCUUAACAGCCCGAUGCUUCACGGAGCCCGCCUUACAGGUUCUAUAUAGGCAGCGUAAUUCUUCGACUCUCGGACACCAUCACUUUCUAUCCCGAAGGACGUCUAUCACGUUAGCCGCUCUACGGGAUGUGAAGAUUUACUCGAUUCGCAAAUGGGCUAAGAUGUGGCGCUCCAUAGUGCUGUCUGCCUUGGAGUAUACGUAUGUGCCUUAUUAUACUUAUAUUCAUUAUCUGGACCUUGAAGGCCUGCAGCACCUUCUUCGUGAGCUAUACAAUGAAGAUGAAAAGGAAGCAUUCUUUACCCCGGAGAUUGAUGAUUACUUGUCUCAUGAGUAUGAGAUGAAAGGGAACAGACGGCUUCGUUCCUCUUCCAAGUCAUUUGAUAAAGAAUUUGUUCUGUUGACAGUCGGCUCGGGUCAGUUUAAUCUUGCCUUGGCAAACCUGCGUUAUUCACCCUCUAGCUCUAUGGUACUUCUGUGUCAUAUCAUGACAACCCAGCACAGUAGAAGGUAUCUGACAGGAUAUCCAGAGCAAUCCUCCGUGCUAGCUGAGUUCCUUCAACAGUUACCCUCUCUGCAAACAUUGAGAAUCUGGUCCGGCGCUUCUCUUAUGGAUCAUGUGGGAGGUAAGACUCGCAGCAACUGCCCCGACCUCAAAAAAGUCACAAUACGAUCAUGGUAUGCAGAACCGCCUAAUAAUGCAGAUGCGGACUCGGAAAAGUUUCUAAACGAGCUGCGGCCUAACACUCUGGAGUGUUAUGAAAUGCUUGGCUGUUUCCAACUAGGACCCCGCUCGAUCAGGGCCCUGAGCUCACAUUGGGACUCACUAACCGAACUCAAGAUGGACAGUCUGAGUAUCACGGCAGUCGCUGAGCUACUCUCACUAACCGCACCACCAGCAUUGAAAGUCUUAGUAUUGACAGACUCAGUUGGGAUCUACGAUGAAGCGUUUUCCCAGUCUAUAGACGAAGUGGCCAAUUGGAUACGCCGCUGUAAAACCCUACAGCAGCUGGAACUUAGACGCUUCACGAAGGACGACGCACUUUUACUCGCAAAAGUCCUCCCUGAGGAGAGUCUCCGUCUCUCGAGCGUCUCAUUAAAAGACUACUGGAUACACGAGGCAAGUCUCUUCCAUGAGGCCCUCCACCAGCAGCCAUCUCUACAAUACCUGCACCUGAGCGGCAAAGGAAGCAACGGACCCGAGCACAACGACUCCCUCUUCCAGGCCCUCAGCCAACUAACCAAUCUCCGCGAACUAAAGCUCGAAGAUAUAUCGAGCGGUUUCACCACCGACGAUGUAAUGGCACUAACACCCCAUUUGCCCCAUCUUGAACGGCUCUGGAUCGACGGCCAAUACUUCUGCGACGACAUAUGGAACGCAUUCCUCUGUCUUCCCAAGCUCAAAAACCUCGUCAUCCUCGGCCGCAGUGCAUUCAAAGGCAAGGGCAUUCUUGACUUCAUCGACCAGCUGGGACCGGGGAACAGAGGCUUCCACUUGGCCGUCUUAAAAUCGACGAACGACACGAAUAUUAACGAUAUAACAGAGCAUUUUGUUCGCGAUGCUCUGAUAUCUAAAGUCGAUGGAUACUUCGACUUUGACUGGGCAGAAGGUGGGUACCUCCCCCCUCCCCUCCAAUUCCUUUGUCUCUGCAAUGCUGGAGCUUGA